AUGAUUACUCCGCGUCGCUACCGUCGUCGCAUCACCCUCAUCUCGGCCGCGCUGGGCCUCUUCGUCCUAUACCAUUUCUUCUCGUUCGGGUCGGACUCUCAGCCCUCCGUGCUUGAGGAUGCGAACCACCGCUCUAUCUGCCCGCCUCUGCCAGGCAUCGAGGAUGUCCUGGUCGUCAUGAAGACAGGCGUCACAGAAGCGCUGGAUAAGGUGCCUGUGCACUUCCAGACAACCCUCCGCUGUAUCCCCAACUACGUCAUCUUCUCCGACUACGAGGAGGUCGUGGGCGGGGUGCGCAUUUACGAUGCUCUGCGCAACAUGGACAGCCAGGUGAAGCGCAACAUCCCCGACUUCAACAUCUACAAUCGCAUACAAGAGCUGGGUCGGGACGGUCUCAAGACCGACGACUUCGCCGACGAGGCAAAUACAAAUCUCGGGAAACCCAACAAUCCAGGCUGGAAACUGGAUAAGUGGAAGUUUCUCCCCAUGGUCCAGGAAACCCUGCGAUACAAGGACGAUGCCAAGUGGUACGUCUUUAUCGAGGCGGAUACGUAUGUCUCUUGGACCAAUCUGCUCGAAUGGCUCGCGCUCUUCAACCCCGAGGAACCACACUACAUUGGAACUGAGACGCAGAUUGCAGACGUCGUCUUCGCUCAUGGCGGGUCGGGAUUCAUCGUCUCCCAACCGGCCUUGGAGAAAGCGUCACACGAAUACGCUACCAGGACCAUCGAAUUGAACGACUACACCAAUGGUCACUGGGCUGGCGAUUGUGUGCUGGGCAAGGUCCUACAUGACGCUGGUGUGCCCUUGUACUUUUCCUGGCCAAUGCUCCAAAACACGAACCUGGGCGAGCUGGACGAGUUCACAGUCGACUUCUACCGCCGUCCCUGGUGCUUCCCAGCCGUCGCAUUCCACCAUCUCUCCUCAAUGGAUAUACAGGAUCUGUGGGAGUUUGAACAGCACAGAUGGCAAGAGUACAACAAAACCAUCCUCCUCCAUGGCGAAAUUUUCGAAGAACGUAUCUACCCCGAACUCUCGCCGAGACGCCCCAACUGGGAUAAUCUCUCCGGCGAUGAACAACCCUCCAUAACCACUCUCGAAGAUUGUCAAAAAUUCUGCAACCGGUCCGCCGACUGUGCGCAGUUCACCUUUAAAUAUGAUCAAUGCUUCACUUCCAAAACCCCCAAGCUUGGAAAGAAGAGCCCCGGCAUGACCUCCGGCUGGAGUAUGGCAACGGUCGAGAACAUGAUGGAUAAAGCACCAUCGUGCAUUGGGCCGGACUUUGGACGAUAA